UGCCUUGCCUAAUAUUUUUCAACUGCCACAAUACGGUCACACAAGUCUACAAACUAAUAUAAUAAUUAAUAAAUUUGUAUAGUUUUCCUUUGUAAAUAACCCCUGGAGAUUUGCUGGAGGCGCCACCAUGAACCAGUUUCAUGCGCCAUCCUUCGGAGACGAGGUCUUCGAGCUAAAUGACACGCCGGCAGAGGGUCCCAACCAAGCAUCGCGGAGAAUGCUUAGCCUGGAUCACUCCACGUUGAACGAUGACGAUGAGGAUGAGUACGACACAUAUGGCGGUGCCCAGGGCUUGGCGGCACAGCAGCAACAGCAGCCCCAGCAGCAGCAGCAGCAACAGGAGGUGAUGAUUCCCCAGCAGCAGGCACAGACUCCUCCCAAGCCGCUGGCCCCAUUUGCUUUGUUCUUUCGCGACACUGUGACGGCCAUCAAGCAGCAGAAUCCCGCCUGCUCGCUGGAGCAGAUGCAGGUGAUUGUACAGACCAUGUGGGACUCCCUGGAUGAGACGCAGAAGAGCGUGUAUAGUCAGCGGCACGAGCAGGAUAAGCGGGAAUAUCUGCGCCUCAUACGCGACUAUCGCCACCACAUGUCCGAAACGGAGGCCUUGUUGGAGCUAGAAAAUCCAGUUGUUUCCUAUGUGGUUCCCAAGGUUGAGGUGUGUAAGGUGGAGCCAGUAGAACAGCCACAACCACAACAGCCGCCCGAGCAGAUCCAGCUACUUAGCGAGGCGGCCAGGGUGCAAAAGUGUACGCGAGAGCAGUGCAACAAGCCGGCCAUCAUUAAUCCCGACUGGGAGGACGAGUACUGCAGCAACGAGUGCGUCGUCAUCCAUUGCCGCAACGUGUUCAACGAGUGGGCGCUGUCCCUAAAAAGCUCGCCCUCGUAGCACCUCGCCUCCGUUCCGCCUCCGACUGAACCCGCGCCUAGGCUAAGUCUAGACUCUAGAUUCCAUAUGUAACCUAGCUUUUCGUAUAUCGCUCGGGUAUAUACACACACGAAGAUAUGAUAAUUAGUGUAGAAGUCCGUCAGUUUCGGGCGUAAUUAGCAAAUGUGCGGAAACGGAAUGAACGCAAGCCAAGCUUUUUAUAUUUUAAUUAUUAAUAGAUCAACACAUAAAGAUAAUGUUUACUGAAGAGAAGGCACAAUAAAAGAGGCCAACGAUGAAUUUCACUGCAA